AUGGUGGGCCUGUGGAGAUCCUACCAGGCUCUGAUGACCAGGCAUCCAUGGACUGUCCAGAUAAUCACAGCGGGCACGCUGGUUGGGGUGGGUGAUGUCAUCUCCCAGCAGGUGCUUGAGAGGCGGGGUCUAGCCAAUCACAACGUGACACGGACAGCCAAGAUGAUGAGCAUCGGAUUCUUCUUCGUCGGCCCUGUAUUAGGUGGAUGGUACAUGAUUCUGGACAAGCUGGUCACUUGGGGGACCAAAAGUGCCUCCAUUAAUAAAAUGCUUGUGGAAUUUGCUCCGUGUUUCCUGGGUACCUUACUGGGGAUCUCUAGAACUUUGAAUGGACUGACUGUGGAGGAGAACGUUGCCAUGCUCAAGAGGGACUACAUGGAUGCUUUGAUCUCAAAUUACUACCUAUGGCCUCCAGUCGAGAUUGCCAACUUCUAUUUCAUCCCACUGCACCACAGAUUGGCUGUGGUCCAGAUUGUAGCUGUUUCCUGGAAUUCCUCCUUGUCUUGGAAAGCCAAUAAUGGAUGUUUCAGGUCCCGCCCUACCUCACACAUAUAG